AUGGCUAAAGCUGUGGCUAAGUUCCUGUACCGAGCGUAUCCAAAGAUCAAGGUGCAAAACCCUGUUGUGGAGAUGGACGGCGACGAAAUGACGCGCGUUAUAUGGGCGUAUAUCAAGGAGAAGCUGAUUUUUCCGUACCUGGACCUCAACUGCCAGCAUUUUGAUCUGAGUCUACCGAAUCGCGACUUGACGGAUGACAAAGUGACUGUCGAAGCUGCCGAAGCGAUCAAGAAGUUUAACGUUGGGAUCAAGUGCGCUACUAUAACGCCCGAUGAAGCUCGGGUUAAAGAAUUCCAUUUAAAGACGAUGUGGCCUAGUCCGAACGGUACUAUUCGAAACAUACUUGGAGGAACCGUCUUUAGGGAGCCUAUUUUGUGUAACAAUAUACCGCGACUGGUGCCCGGAUGGAAACAGCCCAUCGUAAUUGGUAGACAUGCACACGGAGAUCAGUAUAAAGCUACCGACUUUGUCGUCACUGGGCCAAGUAGUUUGGAAGCCAUAGUGAAGUCGGAUGAGACGUCAGAUAAAAAAGUCUAUCCUGUUUAUCAUUUCAACGGCAACGGAAUCGGCAUGGUGAUGUACAACACGGAUGAGUCUAUCGAAGGAUUCGCGAGAAGUUGCUUCGAGUACGCUUUAGACAAAAAGUAUCCUCUUUAUCUGAGUACGAAAAACACGAUAUUGAAGCGUUACGAUGGCCGCUUCAAAGAUAUCUUCCAAGAAAUUUACGACAGAGAGUACAAGGAGAAAUUUGUCGCCCAAGACAUCAUAUACGAACAUCGCCUGAUCGAUGACAUGGUCGCGCAGGUUCUAAAAUCCUCCGGCGGAUUUGUGUGGGCUUGCAAGAAUUACGACGGAGACUGGACGAUUGCCCCAUAUUUUUCAGCUCUGGGAACAAGGUCAGGUCACGUUCAUUCCGUUUUAGGCUUUGGUUCGCUUGGAUUGAUGACCAGCGUUUUGGUUUGCCCGGAUGGAAAAACAAUCGAGGCUGAAGCAGCUCAUGGAACGGUAACUCGUCACUAUCGCGAGUACCAGGCUGGACGAAAAACUAGCACCAAUCCAAUUGCGAGCAUCUUUGCAUGGACACGAGGCUUAGAACAUCGAGCUAAGCUUGAUAAUAACAGCGCUUUACGAAACUUUUGCCACGCGCUUGAGAAGGCUUGCAUUGAAACCGUUGAAAGUGGGAAAAUGACAAAAGAUUUAGCGUUAGCCGUUUGUGGAAGUUCAAAGAAAAUUAAAGAACAUAUGUAUGUUUCCACUGAAGAUUUUCUGGAAGCGAUUAAGGACAACCUUGAAGUGAAAAUGGAGAAAGAAAUUGAAGCGAUUAAAAUGGCUGCGUAA